AUGGCGCCACGCCCCACGGCUCCCUCCGGCCUCCGCUCCCGUCCCAGCGGCGACGGCGAGGAGGGCGAGGCGCGAGGCCGAAGGCUACACCUUGGUGGUCGCACCCUGCGCGGCUCCCAGGGCUCGACUGCGAGGACGAGGUCCUGCCCCACGAGAUCAUCCAGACCGUCAUCCCCCACAGCCCCCUGGCCCCCAAAACCAAAAAACGAGGGGGACAAGCCAGCUCCGGAAGAGGAGGGGGAAGGCGUAGGGGGACGGCACCGGGGCGGCCGCCAGCGCCCCUUUAUCUGCAACGAGUGCGGGAAGAGCUUCAGCCACUGGUCGAAGCUGCUGCGGCAUCAGCGGACUCACACCGGGGAGCGGCCCAGCACCUGCGGGGAGUGCGGCAAGAGCUUCAGCCAAAACUCCCACCUGGUUCAGCACCGUCGGACGCACACCGGGGAGAAGCCGUAUCGCUGCGGGGACUGCGGCAAGAGCUUCAGCUGGAGCUCCAACCUCAUCCAACACCAACGCAUCCACACCGGGGAGAAACCCUACACCUGCGGGCAGUGCGGGAAGAGCUUCACCCAGAGCAAGAACCUCAUCAAGCACCAACGCACCCACUCGGGCGCCCGGCCCCACCGCUGCGGGCAGUGCGGUCGCGGUUUCGCCCAGAGCACCAACCUGCUGAAACAUCAGCGGGUUCACGCUGCCCGCGGUCAACCCUCGCCCUGCCCGGAGUGCGGGCAGAGCUGCCGCGACGGGGCCGAGCUGGAACAGCACCGGGCGCAAGCUCACGGCCACGAGCCCUACAUCUGCGUGGAGUGCGGGGAGAGCUUCGCCAAGAGCGCCACGCUCAACCGCCACAAGCGCGUCCACAAGCCCCUCUUCGUCCGCUGA